CAACAAGAUAAUUUAUGUGCUCAAUAUGCUUUAAAUUCAUUGUUACAGGGCAACUACUUUACAGCUGUAGACUUGGCUGAAAUAGCUCAACAACUCGAUAACGAAGAGCAACUCGUAGGUGGAAAGAAAAUAGAUGCAGAAAGUCAGAAUUAUGAUGAUUCUGGAUAUUUUUCGAUUCAAGUUUUGCAAAAAGCGCUUGACAUUUGGAAUUUGGAACUGAUCCCAUGGCAUGAGCAAAUAGCGUACAUCUGCAAUUUAAGCAACCAUUGGUUUACUUUAAGGAACUUCUCUGGUAACAAGAGUGGCUCUCCACAUUGGUAUAACUUGGAUUCGACGCAGCCUGGGCCAACUUUUAUCGAUGACAGAUAUUUACCUCACUUAUUACAGCAGAUUGAACAUGAUGGAUAUUCUGUCUUUGUAGUCAAAGGGGUGUUGCCC